AUGGGGCCAGAGGGUGGUUUCUUAGGCAGUGGACAGGUCCACAUCAUCCUAUGGGGAAGUUUGGCAGCCAUGACAACACUCUUGUUCCUCACCUUCCUCAUCUUCCUCUGCUCCAGCUGCAACAGGGAAAAGAAGGCCAAAUAUCAGAAUGGAGAUCAUGAAAAUCUGAUGAAUGUGCCUUCUGACAAGGAGGUGUUCAGCCACUCGAUCACAAGUUCAGCUACUGAACCCCCUCCGAGCACCGACCAGAACGGGGCACUCAGCAACGGUGAGGUGCUCUCAGAGGACAGCACAGCUGCUUGUAUCCAGCCUUACGAAGAAGUACAGACGUCUGAUCUGCUAGAUCAACAGGAUGGUCUUGGAAAGUCUAUAAAAUGUCACCAGACCCGGGAACUACCCAGUAUUCCCCCUAACACCACCAUGGAAACCAUCAUCUCGGCUAGAAAUGCGGAAAAUGAUCAAGGUCUUGGAAUGGAAGGGCCUUACGAAGUCUUGAAAGACAGCUCCUCUCAGGAGAACAUAGUUGAAGACUGCUUGUAUGAAACUGUGAAGGAAAUUAAAGAUGUUGGAGCAGUAGCCAGCAUGGAAGGGAGCUCUAACAGCAAAUCAAAGGCUUCACUGACAGUUUCUGAAGGUCAGAAUCAGAUUCCUGAGUGCAGAAUUGAAUCAGCAGAAUAUGCAUCUGUUGACCGAAAUAAAAAAAGUCGCCAAAGUGCUAAUUCAGAAAGUCCUCUUGACAACACACCAGAUGUAGAAGAUGAGCUUCCCCCGCCAGUACCCAUGAAACUUCUCGAUGAAAAUGAGAAUGUACAAGAAAAAGAAGUGGAAGAAGAAGUGACAGAAGGAGCAAGUAAACCAGAGAAGGUAAAUACUGCAAAUACUUGUCCCUGUCAAACAGCCUAA